AUGGCUGGAGAACACGGAAAUAACGAUAACUCUAGCGUUAACACCUUGCAAUCCGCCGUCGUAGAAAUACGGCGCUUACAGACCCAGAUUGCGGCCAUCGAAGCCGAAAGAACACAUGAGAAAGAAAAAGCGAAAAUGAUUUCAGAGGAGGAGGAAGGAGAGAGCGUCAUGGACGUACAGCCUCUAGCACAACACUUAUGGGACACCCAAGUCUUGGAAGCAAUUAAGGUUCCUCACCUUCCUACCUUUGACGGAAAAACUGACCCUCGAGAGCAUCUGAUGGCAAUUGGAACACAAACUGCCAUAAUCAAUGCUCCGGAGCAUAUGAAAUGUAAACUACUAGCCGGUACCUUCAAGGAUGUAGCCUUACGUUGGUACAUGAACCUUCCAAGGAAUUCAAUAGAAAGUUAUGCCGAUUUUCAUAAAAAAUUCAUUCACCAGUUCGCCGGAUCGAAACACGUGAAAGUCACAUCAACUAGCCUUUUCUCCAUUCGCCAAAACCACGGCGAAUCGUUGCGCAGUUUUCUAGUCAGAUUUAGCGAGGCCACCAUCAAGGAGGUAAACAAGAGAGCGGAGUGUUACAUAAAGGGCGAAGAAAGUAACGCCGAGAAAAGGCAAAGAGACGCCAAGGAGAAGGAAUAUGUGGGCCGUGCUACUAGAGCGCCAGAACACCCGCGACCAAAAACGGGAAGUCAUCAAGGAAACACGUGGCAAAGGCACCAUGGUAAGCCCUACCAACAACCGCCAAGGAGAGAGUUCAGGAAUCACCCUGCCGAUGAAGAGUUUACGCCAUUGAAUGCGUCAAAAGUGUACGUGUUAAACGAAAUUCUGGCCAGUGGUUUGGCAAACCUCCCCCCAAAAAGAGCCAACAAUAUCCCCUUGGGGCUCAACGACAACGCCUGGUGCGCCUACCACAGGUGCAGAGGUCAUUCUACGGAAAAGUGCUUCCGCCUAAGAGAUUUGAUUGACGAACUGAUUAAAAGCGGACACCUCCGGAGGUUCAUUGACGAUGCAGCGCAAGGCCGGGUCGUCGUGCCAAAAAUCCCCAGACAAGAGCCACGAGAUACUCAGGGGCCAAGUAAAGAGCCUCCAAAGGAGAGGAUCUCUGUGAAUACAAUAGCGGGGGGAUUCUCAGGAGGAGGUGAGUCAAGCUUAGCAAGGAAAAGAUAUGUGCGCCGAGCCAUCUCAGAGAUAUAUCUCGUGAGACAACCCCAACCACUCGACGUUCCGGAUUUGGUAUUCACUGCAAGGGAUGGCCUGGAGGUAGCGCCCCAUGACGAUGACCCUUUAGUAAUACAAGUCCAAAUCCUCAACUGCGAUGUAAAGAGAGUACUGAUUGACUCAGGAAGUUCAGCAGAUAUUAUGUACUGGGAAGCUUUCAAGGCCAUGCAAUUAGCGGAGGAGCAAUUGCAGCCAUAUGCGGGAGCUCUAGUUGGGUUUUCCGGAGAACAGGUAGACGUAAUGGGCUACGCCUUGUAA